UACAGCCGCCGCCGCCGCCACCGCCGCCACAUUCAACAGGCAGCAGCGCCGCGAGCGCUGCCGUGGAGAGCCAGCCUCCGCGGCGCCCUCCGUGCAUCGGUCUGCCGGCCCUGUCCGCGGGAGAGGCCCGGGGACUCCGGCCCGCCGUCCCGUCCGCGCAGCGGGCCCGGCGGAGACCAGAUGUUGAUGCACCCGCGAAGUUAAGUUCUGGGCUCGCGCUGUGCUCGGCUGCGCCUUCCUCCCGGCGCAUCCUCUGGCGGCACCGACCUCGCCCCCCAGCCUCGGAUCGCCUCCUCGCGCCCUCUGGGCCCCCGGCGCCGCACUCGCCCCUUCUCGGCUCUCCCGCGGCGGGCUGAGGGCGGCGGUCACCAUGGCCGAAGCGCCCCAGGUGGUGGAGAUCGACCCGGACUUCGAGCCGCUGCCCCGGCCGCGCUCGUGCACCUGGCCGCUGCCCAGGCCGGACUUCAGCCAGUCCAGCUCUGCCACCUCCAGCCCGGCGCCGUCGGGCGGCGCGGCCACGAACCCCGACGCCGCCGCGGGCCUGCCCUCGGCCUCGGCGGCCGCCGUCAGCGCCGACUUCAUGAGCAGCCUGAGCCUGCUGGAGGACGGCGGGGACUUCCAGCAGGCGCCCGGCUCCGUGGCGGCGGCGGCGGCCGCUGCAGCGGCCGCCACCGGAGGGCUGUGCGGGGACUUCCAGGGCCCCGAGGCAGGCUGUCUGCACGCAGCGCCGCCGCCGCCGCCCGGGCCGCUGUCGCAGCACCCGCCCGUGCCCCCCGCCGCCGGGCCGCUCGCGGGGCAGCCGCGCAAGAGCAGCUCGUCCCGCCGCAACGCGUGGGGCAACCUGUCCUACGCCGACCUCAUCACCAAGGCCAUCGAGAGCUCGGCCGAGAAGCGGCUCACGCUGUCGCAGAUCUACGAGUGGAUGGUCAAGAGCGUGCCCUACUUCAAGGAUAAGGGCGACAGCAACAGCUCCGCGGGCUGGAAGAAUUCAAUCCGUCAUAAUCUGUCCCUACACAGCAAGUUCAUCCGCGUGCAGAACGAAGGGACUGGGAAAAGCUCUUGGUGGAUGCUCAACCCCGAGGGAGGCAAGAGUGGAAAAUCCCCCAGGAGGAGGGCCGCGUCCAUGGACAACAACAGCAAGUUCGCCAAGAGCCGAGGACGGGCCGCCAAGAAGAAAGCGUCCCUGCAGUCGGGCCCGGAGGGCGCCGCGGACAGCCCUGGGGCUCCGUUCCCCAAGUGGCCCGCGAGCCCCGGCUCCCACAGCAACGACGACUUUGACAGCUGGAGCACCUUCCGCCCUCGGACCAGCUCUAACGCCAGCACUGUUAGCGGGAGGCUGUCUCCCAUCAUGACCGAGCAGGAUGAUCUCGGAGACGGCGACGUGCACGCGAUGGGGUACCCACCGUCCGCUGCCAAGAUGGCCGCGACUCUGCCCAGCCUGUCUGAGAUCAGCAGUCCUGAAAACAUGGAGAACCUUUUGGACAACCUCAACCUCCUCUCGUCGCCCACAUCGCUGACCGCGUCGACCCAGCCGUCGCCCGGCUCCAUGAUGCAGCAGGCGCCCUGCUACGCGUUUGCGCCGCCGAGCACCAGCCUGAGCUCGCCGAGCCCCAACUACCAGAAGUACACGUAUGGCCAGUCCAGCAUGAGCCCCCUGCCCCAGAUCCCUCUGCAGACGCUUCCAGAGAGCAAAGCCACGUACGGGGGCAUGGGUCAGUAUAGCUGUGCGCCGGCCCUCUUGAAGGAGCUGCUCACCUCUGACUCCCCCCCCCACGGCGACAUCAUGACGCCUGUGGAUCCUGGCGUGGCCCAGCCCAGCAGCCGCGUCCUCGGCCAGAAUGUGUUGAUGGGCCCCAGCUCGGUCAUGCCAGCCUACGGCAGCCAGGCGUCUCACAACAAAAUGAUGAGCCCCAGCUCUCACCCCCACCCCGGACACGCUCAGCCGUCACCUGCCGUUAACGGGCGCGCCUUGCCCCACGCGGCGAGCGCCAUGGCCCACAGCUCAGGCAUGAGCCGCCUGGCCCCAGUGAAGACGGCUUUACAAGUGCCUCUGCCCCACCCCAUGCAGAUGAACGUGCUGGGGGGCUACUCUGCGGUGAGCAGCUGCAACGGCUACGGCAGGGUGGGCCUUCUGCACCAGGAGAAGCUCCCAAGCGACCUGGACGGCAUGUUCAUCGAGCGCUUGGACUGUGACAUGGAGUCCAUCAUUCGGAACGACCUCAUGGAUGGAGACACGUUGGAUUUUAACUUCGACAGUGUGUUGCCCAACCAAAGCUUCCCACACAGCGUCAAGACGACGACACACAGCUGGGUGUCAGGCUGAGGGCGAGCUGGGGAGCAGGCUACACUUAAAAGUCCUUCAGAUUGUCUGACAGCAGGAACUGAGAGAAGCAGUCCAAAGAUGUCCUUCACCCCUUUUCGUUUUCUUGAUUAAAAAAAAAAAAAAUGUUUCUUUGUUCCUUUCAUCAGACUUGGCAGCGAGGACACUUUUUCCUGAACAGGAUGUUGGCCCGAAAUUUGUGGGUUUUGUGCUUCUGCAGACAGGGACUGUGCCCUUGGAGUCUGCGUCGCAGCGAAGUGCCGAGCCCGCCAUGCCACAUAGUCGCAGGGCGACUUCUGGACCCUGUGUGCUUUCAAGCUUUGUAUAUAAGCGGUAGCUACAGAACUGUAUUUGCGUGUGUUGUUGUUUUUUUAAAAUAUUCAUUUGGUCCAAGGAAAGUUUAUACUCUUUUUGUAAUACUGUGAUGGUCUCACGUCCUUGAUAAGUAAACUUUGGUUUCGUAUUGCCUGCGUUCUGCUGAAUGGACGACUCAACGAAGAACCAAGCUCUCCACCUGCACCUCCACUGAGUGGCUUUGGACCUGUUCACACUGCCAUGUAACUCCUUUGAGAACCGGGAGCUUGUUACCAGUCUGCUGAAUUAAUGGGCUUGUCAAACUGUUUUUGGAGGAAAAAAAAAGGAUUAAACGCCAGCCUUGUACAGGUCUUUUCUAUUUUUAUUUCUGUUUGUUUAUUUUGUUAUUUGCAAAUUUGUACAAACAUUUAAAUGGUUCUAGUUUCCACAUAAAUGGUUUUUGAAGUUACUGUUGGGACUUGAGAUCAUUUUUGGAAUAGAUAUUGAAUUGUAAUGUUUUCUUAAAACUAGAGUCUACUUUGUUACAUAGUCUGCUUGUAAAUUUGUGGAAUCGAGAUAUUUCAGGCAGCAUCCAUAAUUUUCAUUUUGUAUCUGUAACUGGAUUAGUACUAAUUUUUUACGGCUUACCUGGCUCGUACCCCCUGGGGCUCGCUGGGGAUGGUCCUGACUAGCCUUAGAACCACUGGUAUCAGCGCUUGUGCGCUCAAGUGUUUCUGGCUCUGCCCCGGCCGGCGAGUGAGCAUAGCUGUGGACUUACUGCAUUUCAUGUUUAAGGAGGACUGACAGGUUUUUAUGUAUGUAUUUUAAAGAAAUUGCCUGCUUCUUUAUCCUGGGGACUAACUGCUUUGUCCAGCAUUGCCUUCUGAUGGCUUUGUGCCGCUUACUGUCUGCAGGGCCGGGGCGGGGUUGGGGGCUGCACCUGCAAACAGGGCGCUCUCCUCCAGCGGGGGCGGGGUGGGGGCAGGGGGCGGUUCCAUUAGUGUCACGUUUCUGAGCUGAGCUUCAGCAAGACUUUCCCUCGUGAUUCUGUGCUCUUGUUUUGGCCUGGGGAGAGGUUGGUUGUGUAGCCUCGCCUUGAAGGACAGUGUUGACACUGGCUUCAUGCGUCUUGCCCUUCUGUCCUGUAGCCCUCUUAGCCCACUGCGGAAACGUACACGGAAGGAGAGCUCGUAAGAUGGGACUUGGCGAUUUGCAGGACGCUUUGUGCCCAUGAGUGCACGUGAAUAGGACGUGUUCAAAAAUCGGGACAAUUCGUUUGAAAACCAAGCAACCAGCCGUAAAUUGUGUAUUUGAAUUUACUUUAAAAGCCUUAUUCUAAGUUAAGAAUUGGGGAAUUUCUUCAGCCUUCAGCCACCUAGCCUGUAAUUCUGUUGGUUGCAGUUCCGUGUUUUUCAGUUUCCUGUGACUGGCAGGCCAGGUCCGUUGGCUUUGUGUCUGUCAGCAUGUUCAGGUCACUUGGAAUGGCCCAGAUCAGCACAACAGGGUCAGGCACACUGAAGGUGCCCCUUGCCUUCUUGAAGGUCUGGAUUUGUGUGCACGUCGCCCAGCUCACACUCACUUUGUCCUGCCUGUGAACUGCGGCUUGGUUUUUCCUACGUGUUUAUUGAGAACACAAGUGUUCCUGAUAGAUUUGCUCCUGCAGGAGGCCAGCUCUGUUGUAAGCUUCCACUGUGGCGUCUAUUUUGAAAAUUCACCCAACAGCCAUCUCUCUAAUCUUCAUUGCUGGCCACUCCCAAGCGUGUCUGGUUCUAGAAACCCCAGUUCCUCUGCGCAGUGCCUUCUGCCUCUGUGCCGGGCGUGGUGAUGCCGGAGCACUCAUAUCCCCGUCUGUCCCCACAUCCCGCCGCCUCCCUUCUCCCGUACUGUCACCUGGCGGGCCCCGAGCCCCCCUUUCUUUGUUAGAGAGGCAACUACAGCUCAAAUCACUGUUAAAAUAUUACUACUUCACAGAGUGACUUUCAAAAAGAAGUUUCUUCCUCCGGAGUCUGUGUAAAUAACUUUUUUUUCUUCAAAUCUCUCUUUGUGUUGAAAUUCUAACAUGAAUCCUGGGGUAGCUCUCUGGGGUACAGUGAAGUCUGGUGAAAGGCACCUUGUCUAUUUUGAAAACAUACAUUAUGUGACCUCUGGUAAUUCUUUUUCUGUACGAUACUGACUUUCUGGAGUAAUUAGUGUAUCAGUUAUUGUACAUGACUGCUUUGUGAAAUGCGCAGAUGAUAUCACCUAUGCAGCCUUGUUUGAUUUAUUUCCUCUGGUUUGUACUGUUAUUAAAAGCAUAUUGUAUUAUAGAGCUAUUUAGGUAUUUUAAAUAUAAAAUAUUGUUUCCAUAAUAUAGAUGUAUGGAGUAUAUUAAGGUAAUAGAUGCAUUACUUGGAAAGUUCUGUGUGACAGACUGAGUCUAAAUUAAUUAGCAAAUAUUGUAUCCCAGUGAGCAGUAAAUUAAUGGAACACCCCAGAAGAGGGGGGACACUUAAAAUGGAAACCAGUUUUCCAAAGGUAUACAAUUUGGACUUUUCAACUUCCAGACAUAUAUUAUCAAAUUCCUCUCCUUCCCCAACUUACUUGAAAUUCUUACGUUUGGCACUCAAGCAUUCUUAAAUUUAUAACUGGCUUUUAAACAAGAAGUUUUUCUUGUGGUUUUAGUUUGGGAAUAAUCAGUAAAAAAAAAAAAUGUAACAUGGUUUAUGUAAACACAACAGCCUGGCAAUUCCUCUUGGCUCCCCGGGGAGGGUGCGCAGCCCGGCAGUGUGGCCAGGUGCUGCCCCUGAGGCCUGGCACGACGUAGGCUUGCCCUCCCGCAUUUUUUGCUACUGGAGUUUAGUAACAGCACCGAGCCCGCGUUCCUGUUCCGAUAACUCUGAGAAGUGCCUGACAAUGCUGAUGUACUUACAGAACAAGAACAAUCUUUGCUAUUACUGUAUAAAGCCAUAAAUGUACAUAAAUUAUGUUUAAAUUA